AUGCACUUAAUUUACCCAUCUAGCACUAUAAAAUAUCCCAAGGACACACUCAGAACAUGCUGGGACGAAAGGGAAAAUGGGUCGGAAACAGGACAUAAGGCGUCUGUAUCUAAGAGAUGUGAUGCCAAAAAUGUUGAUGGAAUAAGAUAA